UAUUCUACAUAUUAUUUUAUCGAUGGUACUCAUUCUAAGAUACUCAUCUGUUUUAUUUUAUUUUGUUGAUUUUAUUCUAAGAUAUUAAAAAUAAAUAGAAAUUAUUUUUUUUUCUAUAUAUAUGGUCUUGUAAAGCUAACACAAUUCCUCACUACAACGAACUCACACUAAAAACAUUCAUUGUUAUUCUAGCAAUAAUAUCAAUAAUAAUAACAAUGGAUACAGAUCAUAGUCUCAGUAUGUCAACACUUUCUGAAGCACAUCCUGAGACUAUGGACUUCCUUUCUAAUGCUUGGUGCAACUUUGCUGUUCAAGCCUUACAACCCGAGUUAUCAUCGGACGUUGGAUCAUCGAUUCUUGUCCGAGAUAGCACCAUGAAGUCAUUCGAUUUGAAGAUGGAAAAGUGUAGUACAAGAAUGGAGGAUGCAGAUUAUACGAACUCAGUACCUCAAUGGAAAUCAAAUGAUCUCAAGUCUUGGAUAUGGAUGCAACAAGCAAUGCACCCGGAGUUGAACUACAAUGGCUAUAGGAAGAAAUGGUUUGACUGGAAAAUGCCCUUUGGGAAUGUGUCAAUUAAGAAAUGGGUAAAGGAGAUGAAAGAAAAAAGGAAAGAAGGUAAAAGACUUCAAAGGGCAGAAGUGCAUGCAGCCUUAUCCAUAGCUGGGCUUGCAACUGCGCUUGCAGCUAUAGCCGAGGAGUCCUCCAAAGGACAACUCGAGCACGAGUCGAGCCCAGCCAGGAAAGCGGCACUUGCCUCAGCCGCAGCUGUAGUGGCUUCUCAAUGUGCCCAAGUAGCUGAAUCAAUGGGAGCCAAGAGGGAACAACUCAGUACUAUAAUCAGCUCAGCAAUGAGUGGAACUAGCACAAGUGAUAUCUUCACUCUCACUGCUGCCGCUACUACAUCAUUAAGAGGAGCAGCUACACUAAAAGCAAGAUCAGGAUGCAAGAAUAGGUUAAAUGGCGAGCCAGUUCUGCCAAUUGAUGUGGAUAAUUGUAAGCUUGAUGAAGAUCUUGAUUAUGUGAAAUCCAGAGCUACUUUAUCCAAGGGUGCUGAGCUAACUAUCGAGACUGCUAAUGGAAAGAGCAUGGUGAGGAUUGUCGCUAUUAACCUAAGCAACGAGGCAAAGGUGAUUCUGAGGAUAAUGAAACGCAACUUUUUGAAUGUCAUCACAAACAAGAAGGAUUGUCUAGUUCUUGAUCUGCAUGCUGAGCUUUACAAGGAUGAAGGAGGAGAAGAAUUUGAUACUUGUUAUCAAAUCGUGUUAACAACGACAAGGGGGCCUAUAAAGAUAGACAUGGCUGAUGAUUACCAGCGUUACAAGAUGUGGGCGACAACCAUCAAUCGAAUGUUGACAAUGCCUCCAACACUUGCAAAAUAUGAACUUCAGUUCUGCAAAUAUUAAAAUUUCAUACUACAUUUCUUUUUUAUGUAUUUCAGGUCUGUAGUCUAUAAUAUGAUUCUGUAUAAUUUUUAUGUACUCUAGUCUGUAGUCUGUAAUAUGUUUCUGUAUAAUUUUAUGUACUCCAGUCUGUAGUCUGUAGUAUGUUUCUGUAUAAUCAUUUGAAACUCUAUAUAAGAGGUUCUACCACAAAACCAUGUCUUUUGUACUGCUACUUUCACUUCAUUUCAACCAGUAUCAAUCAUAUAAAACUAUAUCGAUUAUGCACCUA